AUGUCCAUAACCCCAGACCUCUCUACUGGAGAGGUGGAGAGUCAAGGUUUUGAUCAUGCUGCCACCAAGAAGCUGCUACGCAAGCUCGACUGGCACAUCAUCCCCUUUAUGUCACUCAUCUACCUACUUUGUUUCCUCGACAGGACCAACAUAGGCAACGCACGCCUCGACCAUCUCGAACAAGACUUGAAGCUCUACGGGCUGCAAUACAAUGACUGUCUUGCGGUACUCUUCCCGUUCUAUAUCGCAGCCGAAAUCCCAUCAAAUAUGAUGAUGAAGCUUCUGCGCCCGUCAAUCUGGCUGACUUUCAUCAUGUUCUUCUGGUCCGCAGCGAUGAUUGCACAGGGCUUCGUAUCGAACUACUCUGGGCUGAUGGCUACUCGCGUGUUCUUAGGUCUCUUCGAAGGUGGGCUGUUCCCUGGUGUCAAUUACUACAUCUCCCAGUGGUACCAACGACACGAAUGCGGCUUCCGCAUGGCGCUCUUCUUCUCUGCUGCGACAUUGGCAGGCGCAUUCGGUGGCAUAUUGGCUCGAGGCAUUGCCGAGAUGUCUGGCGUCGGUGGAAAAUCUGCAUGGUCAUGGAUCUUCAUUUUGGAAGGGCUUCUGAGCAUCUUGGUUAGUAUGAUAGCAUACUGGUGCAUUUACGACUAUCCUUCAACUGCAACCUUCUUGUCACCCAAAGAGCGUGAUGAAGUCGAGCGCCGCCUCCACGAAGAUCAUGGCCACCUUUCCAACGACUUCGACAUGAAAUAUGUCUGGCAAGCAAUCGGCGACUGGAAGAUCUACAUCUUCAUGUUCAUCUGCAUGGCGGGUUUCUGCCCCAUCUACAGCUUCGCUCUCUUUCUGCCUACCAUCAUCAAAAACAUGGGCUACUCAGCUAACGAUGCCCAACUGAUGUCCGUACCUCCCUAUGUAUGCGCCUGCUUCUUUACCAUCGCAGCCAGCUGGUAUGCCGACCGCGUCCGUCAGCGAGGCAUCUUCAUGCUGGGCUUCCAGCUCGUCGCGAUCGCCGGCUUUUCGAUGCUCGCUGCUACCGCAAAGCCAAAAGUGCAGUAUGCCGGCACGGUCCUUGCCGCGAUCGGCAUAUAUCCCCAAAUUCCGCUUGGUAUGGCAUGGAACAGUGCGAACAUUGGGGGCAGCUUGAAAAGAGGAACAGGAAUCGCCAUGCAAGUCAUGGGAGGCAAUUGUGGAGGUAUCAUUGCGUCUUACGUCUACAUCAGCCGUGACGGACCUCGAUACAUUAAGGGCCAUUGCCUCCUUAUUGCCAUCGUCACGUAA